UAGCUAAACCAAAGUGGGGAAACGAAGCUGUUGGUUCUUAAGGAUUUUGUGAAUUUCUGCAUGAAGGUUUAGUACAACUGGUGAACUAUAUGGCUAUUCGAAUUCAAGACUUGACCAAGAAAAUUUUUGAUCAAAGUUCUGGUUGUUCUAUGCCACAUUUUUCUGUUAGUUGCCCAUCAUGGUGGAAUUCAAGUGAACAGAAAAUUUCGCAGUCUUUAUCCAAGAAUAGUAGUCUGAAAGUAGAAUCUCCACCCCAGCUUUUUCAUGAUGGAAAGUAUUUAGGUCUUCAACUAGCGGACCAGGAAUCAUCUUCAGCUCAAUCAAUUGGCCAAUCUCACCUUGAAGUGAGUGCUGUAGGAGGGGCGAAUUCUCAAGAUCGAUGCAUAUCAUCAGAAUCUGGUCAAGAUGAAAGUUGUGGGAAGGGCGUGGAAGGUCAAAUGAAGCCUUUUUUCUUGUUGAGCAAUUCUGAAGUUGUGUUCAACCCACCACACGCUGAUUAUAAUCAAUCAAUGGUUCAUACUCCAUAUCCUUAUGGUGAUCGUUAUUUUGGUGGGUUAUUUACUCCAUAUGGACCACAAGCUCUUAUCCAGCCUCAUAUAGGCUCCCAGAUGGUGGGGAUAGCACCAGCACGGGUCCCACUGCCCCUUGAUCCUGCAGAAGAUGGGCCCAUUUUUGUCAAUCCAAAACAGUACCAUGGGAUACUGAGAAGAAGACAGUCACGUGCAAAGCUUGAGGCCCAGAACAAACUUGUCAAAACUCGAAAGCCAUAUCUCCAUGAGUCUCGGCAUCUUCAUGCGGUAAAAAGGGUUCGGGGAUCUGGUGGACGAUUUCUCAGCUCUAAGAAGCUCGAACAGGCUGAUUCAACUAGCAUUAAUAGUGCCAGUGGCAUUUCAGACUCCAACCACUUCCACAAAAAGAACAUUACGUCAGAAUUUGAAAGUCACUCGGGAACUGUUGGAUAUGUUGCUUCAGUAACCUCCUGCUCAGAUGUCACUAGUGUAUCCAACAGUGAUGUCAUUUUGCGGCAGCCUGAUCGUGGGUUCUCUGGCAUGUCUGCCCACAUGGGUAGUGCCAUCCAAAACCGUGGGAGAUUCAUGUGCAGUGGAAUGCAGCACUGUGCCUCAGUUGUUCGGUGAGAUCACAUCACCGGGCAGGCAAAUCAUCCUUGGCUUUUAUAAUCUACUAAAUAUGUUAAAGAGAUAAUAUGUACCGGGAUCUCUUCCUUCUACUGUUUCUACAUUUGUUGUAGGAUGUUAAUGCGGUUGUGAAGAGAGUUUGUGUUUGUUAUUUUGCAUUCCGUUACAAGGAUUUUGAGUUUAUUUUCUUCACAAGUCUUCUAAUAUAAAGAGAUUGUGUGCUUCUGUAUUGGCCCAGCUUUCAAGCUAGUCUCUACAAAUAUUAUAAUUGAAUGGUCCUUGCGUUUUGUGUACUGUUUGGGUGAAUCGGUCACCAUAUGGUUCAGUUUGCCUAGAAACGAGGAAAUAAGUGAAGAAAAAAUUAUGCAUUUUU